AUGGCUAGCCCCAACUUCGCCUACCAAAUCUACAAUGCUACAAACGCGGUGAACCCGAACGGCUCCGAAGAGUUGCGGGAUCUGUACAUCAAGUGGUACGAGGAUCAAGGUCUGAACUACACUUUCAUUCCCUUUGAUGGCCGCAGCGAUUACGACGGCUUCAUUCGCAACGGAAUCCCCGGUGGUGGCAUUGCUACAGGAGCCGAGGGUAUCAAGACGGAGAAGGAAGUAGAGAUGUUUGGGGGCAAGGCUGGGGACUGGUAUGAUCCUUGCUACCAUCAGCUUUGCGACGAUAUUUCAAACCUCAACGUUACUGCGUGGGUUGUCAACACCAAGCUCAUCUCGCACUCUGUCGCAACGUACGCACGAUCUCUCAAAGGUUUCCCGAAGCGAGAGCUUGAGGCUUCGCUCAAGUCUACUGUGUACAGGGAGAAGACGAAGUAUCAAGGCUCGAAGUUGUUCAUCUAG